AUGGCCCUCUCACAGCCAGCCUGGGUUAUUGACCUCAAGACUUCUCCCAGCAGCCGACCAAAGGCCCCUUCAAAUGUCGCGGACCCUCCUGGCUAUUCCACCAGUGGCUCGUCAAAGAAAUCACAAAAGCAAAUAACACCACCGACCCAAGCUGAAACCGAUGAUUUGAAAAUCAAGAAGGCCUGGGAGGUGGCACUCGCCCCGGCAAAGUCUCUACCCAUGAACAUGAUCAUGAUGUACAUGUCCGGAAAUACGCUCCAGAUCUUUUCCAUCAUGAUGACGGCAAUGCUGUUCAUGAAUCCUCUCAGGGCCCUUUCAAGUGUCGGGAAUACUUUCUCCAAAUUUGACGGGGAAGCGACACACGGCCGGUUGCUGACGGUCAAGUUGGCAUACAUCGGGUUACAAAUAUUGACUAUUGUUAUUGGGAUAUGGAAGGUGAACGCAAUGGGCCUUCUACCGACUACUCGUUCUGACUGGCUUGCAUGGGAACAUGCACCAGUACCUUUAGAAACAUCGAUUUCCAAUUUCCGCUGA